CCACGACGUCUCACCGCAACCGCAAAAGACAUGGCCAGCAGCAGCUUGAUGGUCUCGUGGUGCGCGCUCACCUUCCUCGCGCUCAUGUCCGUCGACGUGUCAGCGCCGCACUGGCGAGCAUUCCCACGUGGGCGCUGCUCGCGAUCCACAAUCACUCACCAGGACGGCAAGUCUUUCACGGUGACACGGCGAUGAUUUUUUCGACCCUCAUCUGUUUGCCUUUGGUCGUUCAGAUUGGCCUAUGUCGCGGCAAAGCUUCCCGUAGAGAGCGGCCGCCAACAGCGGUAGUGCGCAAGCUGCAGUGCUUCCGACUCUUCCUUCAACUUGUUGUUCGAGUGCCCGAAACCCAAAUGCAAGUCGGAUGUGACGAGA